AUGCACGGCCUCGUCUCCUACGCCUACGACGACGACAGCGACACGGAGCAUCUACACCCACAUCCAACCACCUCUAUAUCCAUCGCCGCCGCCUCCAACGUCAACCGCAACUCUCAACAACCAAUGCCAGGCUCAGCCGCAGAUCCCAAUCCCAUCGUGAGCGUCCCCAUUGCUGCGCCGCUGCGCGCCCCGUUUCCCUCUCCCUCUCUCUCCUCGCCCGCGUCCUUUUGA